UCGUGCCCAUCACCAGGCUGGUAACACCGCCGCCCCAUUCCGUCGAGCAUCUUCCCCUAAACAGCACCGAAGUCCUGCCGUUAUUCUGUCCGCCCCGGCGUCUCCAGUCGCCCCCCAUCCUUCACGUCCUCCACCUCAAAAUGUCCGUGGGAAAUGACUUUGGGAACCCUCUAAGAAAAUUUAAACUCGUCUUUCUUGGGGAGCAGAGCGUUGGGAAGACGUCUCUGAUCACGCGGUUCAUGUACGACAGCUUUGACAACACGUAUCAGGCAACAAUUGGAAUCGACUUCCUGUCCAAAACGAUGUACUUGGAAGACCGAACGCGUUCUCUCUCUGAACCCCAGGUGAGGUUGCAGCUCUGGGACACAGCUGGACAGGAGCGCUUCAGAAGCCUCAUCCCCAGCUACAUACGGGACUCCACCGUGGCCGUGGUGGUCUACGACAUUACAAAUGUCAACUCCUUCCAGCAGACGUCAAAAUGGAUUGACGAUGUGAGAACAGAGAGAGGAAGUGAUGUCAUCAUCAUGCUCGUCGGCAAUAAAACAGACCUGGCAGACAAGAGACAGAUAACAAUCGAGGAAGGAGAGCAGAGGGCUAAAGAGCUGAAUGUCAUGUUCAUCGAGACCAGCGCCAAGACGGGUUACAACGUCAAACAGCUGUUUCGCCGCGUGGCUGCUGCUCUCCCAGGGAUGGAAAGUAUGCAAGAGACGAGCAAAGAAGGAAUGAUCGACAUAAAGCUGGAUAGACCCCAGGAGCCCCAGACCACCGAAAGCGGCUGCUCCUGUUAGUGCUGAGGCUCCGUCAUGGGAUUCCACCAUCUGCACCACACCGCUUGUUACGUUGCUUUCUAUUGGUUAACUUGCUGUUGACUUUGCACGUUGAGAUCCUGGUUUCUUCACCCGACCGCCGGUCAUUGGUUGAAACUAGCAAUAUGUGAAAUUGGGUCUUCUUUGUCAACAAAAAUGCCAAAAAAAAAAAAAAGAAACUUGGUGAAACUGGGGGGGGGGGAAUCAAAUAUCCCCAUUCUGAGAAUAGAUUUAUUUUUUUUAAUGGGGGAAGUUAAAGCCUUCCUUUUCGUUUUGUUUCCUGUUUUUUUUGCAUUAUCAGAUGAAUCCCUCUGGAAGUUUGUUUCCAUAUUUAGGGACAAGAACACUGAGAGCCUGAAGAACAGACAGGUUGUAUGACGAAGCAAUUUUGAGAAAUGACACGGAUCCUGAUCUGUAUAGAUUUUCCACACAUCAUAACUCUUCUUCAGUAUCUCAGAAUUAAUUACGGAACAGCCAGUCACAACCUUCCUGCCUGUAGCCCUGCUGGUACCCACACAUUUGUAUUUCAGACAUCAAGGAUCAGUCUGAACUGUCGAGUCCAGAGUCAGUAUGUACUGCAUGCCUAGUUGUAAAGCAUAGGUACCGUCUACCUGUAAACACAAGUU